UUUCUCACCGUGUGAGACAGAGGCAGGAUUGUUUGUGGUACUGGUAUGAGGUAGCGACACACUCUCAGAGAGUGAUGUUACAAUAAACACAGCACCUCGCCUUCCUACUUGCCAAGGGCGCUUCAAGAGAGCUGCAGGACGCACACCCACCGGAGCAGUGUGCAGCUGGAGAGGAGCCUGACCACGAAGAGGUCUGGACCGAAGGCUGUUCUCUUUCUAAAGUGAACUCACACUCACCCUUUGACUUUUGGUCAAGAGUUGUGCUGAGCUGGCUGCAGCCUCUCUUUCCAGUUACAUUUGUCCCAGCCGAGGGAAAAGCGUUAAGACGUCUCCUGCCUCCGCUAAUAAUGCCGACGGUGGAUGACAUUCUCGAGCACAUAGGGGAAUUUUGCUUUUUCCAGAAACAGACGUUUUUCCUCUUAUCUCUGCUCUCAGCCGCCUUCGCCCCCAUCUACGUGGGCAUCGUCUUCCUGGCCUUCACCCCGGACCACCGCUGCCUGAGCCCCGGCGUGGCCGAGCUGAGCCGGCGGUGCGGAUGGAGCCUGGACGAGGAGCUGAACUUCACGGCGCCGGGCCCGGGGCCGGCGGGCGAGGCCUUUCCCCGCCAGUGCCGCAGCUACCAGGUGGACUGGAACCAGAGCGCCCUGGGCUGCGUGGACCCGCUGGCCAGCCUGGCCUCCAACAGGAGCCACCUGCCGCUGGGCCCCUGUCAGCACGGCUGGGUGUACGACACGCCGGGUUCCUCCAUCGUCACCGAGUUUAACCUAGUGUGUGCCAACUCCUGGAUGCUGGACCUGUUUCAAUCGGCGGUGAAUAUAGGAUUUUUUAUCGGGUCCAUCAGUAUCGGCUACAUAGCAGACAGGUUUGGCCGUAAACUCUGCCUCUUGGUUACAAUCCUCAUCAACGCUACAUCUGGAGUGCUCGUGGCCAUCUCCCCAACCUAUACGUGGGUGGUAAUGUUUCGUCUGAUCCAGGGACUGGUCAGCAAGGCAAACUGGUUAAUCAGCUACAUCCUGAUUACAGAGUUUGUCGGACUGAGCUACCGGAGAACAGUGGGGAUUUUUUACCAAGUCACCUUUACCGUUGGGCUCCUGCUACUUGCUGGGAUAGCAUAUGCCCUUCCUCACUGGAGGUGGCUGCAGCUCACAGUUACUCUGCCCAACUUUUGCUUCUUGCUUUAUUAUUGGUGCAUACCUGAGUCUCCGAGGUGGCUGAUCUCCCAGAACAAAAAUGCUAAAGCCAUGACAGUCCUUAAGCACAUUGCAAAGAAAAAUGGAAAACCUCUGCCUGCCUCUCUUCAGAGCCUCAGACCUGAUGAGGAAACCGGGGAGAAGAUGAAUCCUUCAUUUCUUGACUUGGUCAGAACCCCUCAGAUAAGGAAACACACUUUGAUCUUGAUGUACAACUGGUUCACGAGCUCUGUUCUCUACCAGGGCCUCAUCAUGCACCUGGGCCUGGCAGGGAGCAAUAUCUACCUGGAUUUCUUGUACUCCGCCCUGGUGGAAUUCCCAGCAGCCUUCAUCAUCAUCGUCACCAUUGACCGAAUCGGUCGCCGUUAUCCGUGGGCUGCAUCAAAUGUGGUAGCAGGCGCAGCCUGUCUAGCCUCGGUUUUUAUCCCUGAUGAUCUACAAUGGCUAAGAGUUACAGUCGCAUGCUUGGGCAGAAUGGGGAUUACGAUGGCCUACGAAAUGGUUUGCUUUGUCAAUGCGGAACUAUACCCCACAUUCAUCAGGAAUCUCGGUGUCCUUGUCUGCUCCUCAAUGUGUGACAUCGGUGGCAUCAUCACGCCGUUCCUGGUCUACCGGCUCACCGACGUCUGGCAAGAGCUCCCACUGGUGGUUUUUGCUGUGGUUGGCUUGAUUGCUGGAGGACUGGUGUUGCUGCUACCCGAGACCAAAGGGAAGACUUUGCCCGAAACGAUUGAUGAGGUUGAGAACAUGCAGAAACCAAGAAAAAACAAAGAAAACAUGAUUUAUCUCCAAGUCAAGAAACAAGACAUUCCACUAAACUAACAGAGACCUGCUAUGGUUUUGCUCUGAAAAUACAAGGCCAGAAUCAGAGAUUUCUACUCUCAUCACAAAUCCCAUACAAUCCAACCUUACUUCUUUUUGAACCCUAUUAACCUAGAUCAAUGACCAAAUGGAAUUUGUUGUACUACUUAUAAAAAUCUACCUGUGGGCAUGAUCCUGCAAACCCCUCCAGCUCACUCUAUUCCCUGAUUUCCUUGGACAAUGGCUAUUGGUUUUCUGGGAUUUUUUUUUCUUCUGUCUUUGUAUUUCUUUUUUUUUUUUUU